AUGUCGUUCUCAUUUGAAAUAAAUCCUCGUGUUUUGAUUGAUAUUUCUCACCAACCACAAGAAAAUAAGGAAUCAAUUAAUGAUUAUCAACAAGAAGAACUUCUUUCUCUUGAACAAGCUUGUCAACCACUUGAAAAUCUACUCGGUACAGAACUUCAACUCUACAUCACUGUUGCGAAAUUGAAUUCAAAACAACCUAAACAUGGACUUACACAAGAUGAAUCUGCAUCUAUCUAUUUGUAUACAAUGGAAUGGAGUCAACCACAAAACAGUCUUCAUAUUCUACUCAAUCAAGUAAUUUGUACCAUGGAUAGAAAUGAACUUCAACAUUGGUUCAAAUAUCUGAAACUAUUGUUUACAGCGUUUUCAAAGUUACCAUACAGUGAAUAUCAUACAGUUUGGCGUGGUGUUGCGAAAGAUAUUCGUGAAAAUUAUCGAGAAGGAGAUGAAGUGACAUGGUGGUCAUUAACUUCAGUAACAUCUUCAUUUGAUAUUCUUCAAUCACCAAUGUAUUUAGGUAGAGAAAAAGUUCAGACAAUAUUUAAUAUUGAAACUAAACAUGGUAAAUCUAUCCGAGAACAUUCACACCUUCAAAAUGACGAUGAAAUCAUUCUUUUAUCGGGAAUCUCUCUUGAAGUUACAGGAUUAUCAGAGCAAGGAGAGGGAAUUCAUAUUAUUCAUUUGCGUGAAAAGGGCUUAGUCGAUGACACAUUAAUGAAUGUAAGUCUACCGGUAGAUACGUAUCAUAAUCCAAAACUUGAAAAAAUUAUUCGAUCAGCAGAAACAAGUGGGGAAUUAGUUUUAAAUUCAAGAAAUGUGAAUGAUCGAGACAUGGAAAUAGUUGUGAGAUUAGGUAUUAUUGAAAAGAAGUGCAGGAUACUGAGACUUCGUAAUAAUGCAAUCACAUCGGUCGGUAUUUCAAUCAUGUCUCAAGUAUUCGUUAGUGGUAGGUAUUUCUUGGCAUUAACCCUUGAUGGCAAUCGUAUAUUGGAUGAAGGUGUUCGAAUUAUUGCCAGAGGCUUAUCAAAUGAAGAUGUCUGUUGCAGAACUCUUUACCUGAAGUCUGUUGGAAUGUCAGAUAUUGGUUGUGAAUAUUUGGCUGAAAUGCUCCGAGUAAAUCAUGCAAUGUGGCAUCUAUAUCUAAGUGAUAAUGAUAUUAGUGAUCGAGGACUUCGAUUAUUACUUGAUGCAACUAGAUCUUAUGAAAAUAGUCUCGAAACGAUAACUUUAAGUGGUAACAGACGAAUAACUGACGCUAGUGUAGAUGUUAUCUGCUCUGCUAUGCGUACACGUCAUGAUUUUUUUCAUUUCAUUUUGGAUAACUGUAGUAUAUCAACAGAAGGUCAAGAGCAAAUUGAGCGUGCAACUAAAGGUAUAAAACGUGCGGCUGAACAGCCACCGGCACCGAUGAACUAA